UUAGAGGUAGUGUGUUUUUGCGCGCUGCAGCAGGUUUACAGUCAGUGUCUGAAUCACAUGGCAUUGACUGAGCUAAAGUAAUGAGCGGCCACGAGCUCAUGCUGUUUACAUCGCAACACCUCAGAAGAACACUACCGACCAUGAGAUCAAAUUGUGGAUAAUCUUUCUUCUAUCGACUUGGAUUUAUCGACGAUUGUCUCCAGCUAAAGGCUAACAUGGGAUGCCUCUUUCGAAGUGAGGAGAUGUGUCUGGUCCAGAUCUUUCUACAGGCUGGUUCAGCUUACAACUGCGUCAGUGAGCUUGGGGAGCUGGGUUUAGUCGAAUUCAGAGAUUUGAAUCCAAAUGUGAACGCAUUUCAGAAGAAGUUUGUGUCAGAAGUCAGAAGAUGCGAAGAGCUGGAGAAAACCUUCAAAUAUCUGGAGCAAGAGAUCAGUCGUUCUCUCUAUCCUCCUCUGAAAGGAGCUCUACCCACCGCCAGCCCAAUCCCAUCAGCCCCACAGCCCAGAGAGCUGCUCUGCAUCGAGGAGGAGAGCGAACGACUGGCCAGAGAGCUCAGAGAGGUGUCCAGGAACAGGGACAGUCUUCGUAACCAGCUGACCCAGCUCAGCCAGUACAGAGGGGUCCUGAAGCAGAGCAUUUUACUACCAACCUCACAGGUUCCACCUCUGACUCUUGAGACAUCAGCAUUACUGGACAGCAGGCAAGAUAUGCGUUUGAGUUUUGUUGCUGGUGUGGUCCAUCCGUGGAAGGUGCCAGCGUUUGAGAGGCUGCUGUGGCGGGCCUGUCGUGGAUACAUCAUUGUAGACUUCUGGGAGAUGGAGGAAAGGCUGGAGGAGCCAGACACUGGAGAGACGAUUCAGUGGACUGUCUUUGUGAUCUCUUUUUGGGGGGAGCAGAUUGGACAAAAAGUGAAGAAGAUCUGCGAUUGUUUCCGCACACAUACCUUUGUGUAUCCGGAAGGAUUGGAGGAGAGGGAAGGAAUACUCCAGGGGCUGGAAAGCAGAAUAGUGGACAUCAGAACAGUGCUGUCUCAGACGGAGCAGUAUAUGCAGCAGCUGCUGUCCCGCUGUGUGUGUCAGAUGCCACAGUGGAAGAUACGUGUGCAGAAGUGUAAAGCUGUGCAGAUGGUCCUUAAUCUGUGCAGCCCUUCAGUCACAGACAAGUGUCUGAUUGCUGAGGCCUGGUGUCCCGUGGCCAAACUGCUUCUGCUCCAGAGCGCUCUGAUGGAGGGAACGAGAAAGAGCGGUAGCAGUGUCGAUUCUUUCUACAACCGUUUACCAGCACCCACAUCUCCUCCAACACUCUUUGAAACCAACGCUUUCACUUCCAGCUUCCAAAACAUUGUGGAUGCUUACGGUGUAGCCAGUUACAGAGAAGUUAAUCCGGCUGUGUACACCAUUAUCACUUUCCCCUUUCUGUUUGCGGUCAUGUUUGGAGAUGUUGGUCAUGGUUUACUCAUGACAUUGGCUGCCCUGUGGAUGAUUCUAGAGGAAAGAGACCCCAAGAUGAGGACUAGCACUAAUGAGAUCUGGCGUAUGCUGUUUGGCGGGAGGUAUCUGAUCCUCAUGAUGGGGUUGUUCUCCAUCUACACUGGGGCUAUUUAUAAUGAGUGCUUCAGUAAAGGACUCAGUCCUGUUUCCUCUGGCUGGCACCUCAAACCCAUGAUUCAGCAUUACAACUGGAGUGAUGAAACUUUGAGGAGCAACCAGUACCUCACGUUGGAUCCUAAUAUAACUGGAGUAUUCCAGGGACCAUAUCCAUUCGGCAUUGACCCGAUCUGGAGUCUUGCCAAUAACCACCUCACCUUCCUCAAUUCCUACAAGAUGAAGAUGUCUGUGAUCAUCGGGGUCAUCCACAUGACGUUCGGGGUCUGCUUAUCCUUCUUUAACUACAUGUACUUUGGGAACGUGAGCAGUGUGUUCCUGGUGUUGAUUCCUGAGUUAGUGUUCAUGUUGUGUCUUUUCGGGUACCUGGUCUUCAUGGUGGUGUUUAAAUGGAUUGCGUUUGGACCUCAGGAUUCAGACCGUGCUCCCAGCAUACUGAUCCACUUCAUUGACAUGUUCCUGUUCUCCGAGAAUCCAAGCAACCCACCACUUUAUCCUAGACAGAUGACAGUGCAGAGGAUAUUAGUGUGUUUGGCUCUACUAGCGGUUCCAGUGCUGUUACUGGGAAAACCACUUCAGCUCUACUUCCAGCAUAGGAACAGCAGGAGAACGCUACAUGAGGAGCAGCGUUCUCUAGUCACAGACACCAGCUCAAUAAAUGCACAACUAGUUGACCUAGAGGGAGGAGGAGGAAUAGAUGAACAGGAGUUUGAGUGGACGGAGGUGUUCAUGCAGCAGGCCAUCCAUACUAUAGAGUACUGUCUGGGCUGCAUCUCUAACACUGCCUCAUACCUCCGCCUUUGGGCCCUCAGCCUCGCUCAUGCACAGCUGGCGGAAGUCCUCUGGGUGAUGGUAAUGAGGAUUUCCUUGUCGUGGCAAGGCUAUGUUGGCUCUGUGGUUCUGUCAGUGGUUUUCUCCCUCUUCGCCACGCUCACCGUCUCCAUCCUGCUGGUUAUGGAGGGACUGUCGGCCUUCCUGCAUGCACUGCGGCUGCACUGGGUGGAGUUUCAGAAUAAAUUCUACCGCGGAUCUGGAUACAAGUUCAACCCUUUCUCCUUUGAAUCAAUCCAGCGUUUGGAGUGAAUGUAAAUACUACAUGUAAAGAUGCUUUUAUACUUCAUUUUGAAGCUGAAUGUGUUUCUCAAGUAUUAAAAAGCAAUCAAAUGGAUAGUUCAUCCUAAAUUAAAAACGAAAAAGUAUUCCAAACCGGUGAAGUUUGUUGUAAUAUAACAAAAUAAGCUGUUUUGAUGCUGUCCAAAGACAUGCGCUGUAGGCGAAUUGAAUAAGCUAAAUUGGCCGCAGUGUAUGUGUGUGAAUCAGUGUGUAUGGAUGUUUCCGAGUGUUGGAUUGCAACUUGUAAGGCAUCUGCAACAUACGUUUCAAAAUGAAUGAAUGGUGAUGUUUUGAGAAAUGUUCAUUUAACACAGUCAAUACACGUCACCACAUGAGGAUUUUUUUAUUUUAAGUUGAACUGUCCCUUUUAUUAUUUAUUUGGUCUCAGGGUUUGUUUUAUAAGCUUCCUGAGGACUUAAUGCUGAGCAUAUGAUGUAUGGAUUACAAAGAUAAUACUAAUAAAGCUUUUAACUAAGAAA